AUGCCGUUCUGUGUUUCUGUCCAACUUGUGCACGACACCGUGUGCCUCUCAGACAACCUCGAAGGCAUCGUCGCUGUAGAAGUACAUGGCACGCUGCACGAUGUCGCGGCAGCCGCACCGAGCGCUGUGCGUGUGUUUUUACGCGGCGUAGAGGAAGUUGGCAAGCGACACGCUGUUCAGCACAUGACGCUAUUCACAACAGUGACAGGUUCAUCACCAGCGCACGAAGCAGUCGUGACUACCGCACUACGUGGAAAGGUGACCUACCUCACGACGGGGGCAGCGCGCCGCAACCCUCUACCUGGUGUCGUAGUGAGCACUGACGACGUCAUGUCUGUCCAGGGCAGCGUGGGCGAGAACCACACGAGCAGCGCAGGUGCUGGGGCUGCCUCGAGCUCCGGUGGCGCGACGAGUGACACUGCACGCUCACCCCCGCAAGGGUGGGAGGCGGACUGCCGUUACGUGUACCCCUUCGCUCUAUGACUGCCCCCCCCCCGUGGCUGCCCCUGUCCGACUUCAAACCCGGAGCCGGCAAGUCGCACAUGUCGAUGCGCUAUACGGUGGCCGUCCUUGUGGUUUGCGGCGUGGAGGAGGCUGAUGUCAAUGCAGUCACGCGAGAAUCCACGCUGCAGACGACGAUAUUCGUGUCUUGUGCACCGCCAGCAGUGAGAGCGUGGAGAGGGAGCGCUGGCAACAGUGGCGGUAGUGCGGAGGGCGCUGGUAAGAGGGGGACAGACACGUCUGCACUGCUGCUCUCUGCAAUGCGCUUUCAACUUCCGGAUAAGGUCCCCCAGCUCCUGGACCGCCUCCCUGUCACGCAACUUGUUGACUGUAUUAUCGGCACUACCGAAACGCGAGCUGCAGCAAUGCGCCGAGCGUGUGUCGAUCCCGCCACUGUUUUGUGAAAAGCUGGACGAUCACAUCUACAAGAACAGCCUCGCCUUGCGCGGUCCUCUGCGCAACAAGCCGUACACUGCCGUCAGCGUGCGCAUCACGUACGAUUCGAGUACCACCGUGCUCCUGUGCGGCCUCCCGCAAUCCGUCGUGCGAGGGUGUGCUGCGCUGGGGCUUGCAGUGCCGCGCAGCAGCGACUUAGAUGGAGCGCCAGUUUCUCCCCCUUCUGCAGGCAGCGAUGUGAUACUCCCGGCGGACUGACUGUGAUGGGAACAGUUAUAGGCAGCGAUGACGGCCGUGUCUCUCACAUCUAUACGGACAACAGCAGCAUCGCGUCUCCACUUCUGGGUGAAGAGGAGUGUGGGUGGCAGUUGGCUGCUGCUGCUGAUCUACCCAGCGUCAACGCUAACGGCCUUCGGGGCGGCGGCGAAGGUGAAGAGCGCAGUGUCCCGAACACGGCGGAUGUGUGUACCGAGCCAGCGAUCAGCGGUGCGCGGCCGCUACGUGUGCUUGUGUGCAUAGACAAUGCUGCUGUGAGCAAGGCGCGGAUGCAGCCGCUGGAACGGGUGCGCUGCACCGACGCCCCAGCGGCUCAGCCAUGCGACAUCUACACGCUCGUCACGCGCGCACACACACACACUCGGAGGAGAUAUAUGGCAACACGUCGAUCGAGUUUUCUGUUGAGCUGACGCUGCCCAAGCAGUUUCGCCACAGCCGUGGGCAAGGCCGAAUACCCCCCACCUGCUGGCAUCACCACCGUUGUCGUCCACACUACCACGUUGCUGCGGAUCACCUUUCCGAGCCUCCACGCCGUUUCAGAAACGCUGUCCAGGGAGAAUGUGGUGUUGGUUGGCGAGGACGUGGGCCUGACAGACACGGUGCCGUUCUUACCCUGCGCGUGUCCCGUGCAGCCGCUGUGGUGCUUCCGCUCUCUCUCUCUCUCUUUCUUGUUCUCUCGCUUAG